CUCCUGAUUGGCCGAUGGGACUGGCAACUUCCACCGAGGUGCACGGAUUUGUUGAGGUGUAACGUGAGUGGUCGACGCUCGGCCUCCUGACACUUGUAUAAAGAGACGCGAGGUCGGUAAAUGGCGAUUGCACCGCUAGCGUUGUCAUCUUUCGGACUCCAGCCCCAACAACACUCGGCAACAUGGUUUCCACGCUCGCGUUGUGCUCCGCGGUUGCAUUCCUGGUCGCCGGUGCGUGCGCCGCACCUACCGAUGAAUCGAGUGCCCCUGCGCAAGGGCCUGGCGGCAUCGCAAGGCUUUUCGAGCAAAUGGAACAACGAUGUUUCCAAGAAGCUCAGUUCACUGCAGAAGAAAUAACGACAGUAGUAGACGUCCGCGUACGAGCUACGGAAGAAGUGGGAUCCCAGAACGUGAACCGGCAGCUGGACUUCCUGGACUACGUUGAUCGGUACGCGCCCACCCCUGAAAUCGCUCAAGGCAUCCGGUCCAAGUGGAAUGCAUUUACCGUGUGCGUUGGUCGCGAAGCAGCGAAACUGGUGCCAAGGCCAUGAAGCUUUCAUCACUGCUGUACAAAACAGCCAGUUCCGGCCGAGUGGGCUUUUGGGCAGAAGUUUAGCCAAUAAAUGGUACUGUUUACUUGUUCA